UCAGUUCGUGUCUAUGGUGUGAACGCAUUUAGCAGCGCUGCUAGUGUGUGUAGCAGCGCAAACCGGCACCAUGAGCCUCAAUAAACACCAACUGAGUGACUCUUUAUUCAUCUGGCUGCAGACAUUUCAGGUGCCGUCGUGUGUGAGCAAACAUGAGCUCACCAGCGGCGUGGCCAUCGCACAUGUGCUCAAUAAAAUAGAUUCGUCCUGGUUUAAUGAGACGUGGCUCAGCAGGAUAAAAGAGGAUGGCGGCACAAACUGGAGGCUGAAGGUCAGCAACCUCAAGAAGAUCCUUCAGAGCAUGAUGGAGUAUUAUCAUGAUGUGUUGGGUCAGCAGGUGUCUGACGAGCACGUUCCUGACGUGUGUCUGAUCGGUGAGAUGGGGGACGUGACUGAACUGGGUCGUCUGCUUCAGCUGGUUCUGGGCUGCGCCGUCAGCUGCGAUCAGAAACAAGAGCACAUUCAGCAGAUCAUGACGCUGGAGGAAUCAGUGCAGCAUGUUGUGAUGACGGCUAUACAAGAGCUGCUCACCAAAGGGCCCGUGGAGGCAGGAACUCCAGAGACGUACGGGGAUUUCGACAGUCAGUCCAGGAAGUAUUAUUUUUUGAGUGAAGAGACGGACGAUAGAGACUACACACACCGCUGCCGGGAGCUCCAGCAGCAGGUGUCUGUUUUGAUGGAGGAGAAGUCCUCGCUGCAGGUGGAGCUUCAGUCUCUGCGGGAGCGUCUCAAUCGCUGCGAGACGCCCGACGUCUCCUCCACCAUCACCAACAAGAAGCUGCUGCUGCUGCAGAGUCAGAUGGAGCAGCUGCAGGAGGAGAACUACAGGCUGGACAGCAGUCGAGACGACCUGCGUGUGCGAGCAGAUGUUCUGGAGCGAGAGGUGACGGAUCUGCAGCUGAGGAACGAGGAGCUCACCAGCCUCGCUCAGGAGGCCCAGUCCCUCAAAGAUGAGAUGGACAUCCUCAGGCACUCGUCUGACCGCGUGAGUCGACUGGAGGCCAUGGUGGAGACAUACAAACGCAAGCUGGAGGAUCUGGGCGAUCUGCGCAGACAGGUGCGUCUGCUGGAGGAGAGGAACCACGUCUACAUGCAGCGCACCUGUGAGCUGGAGGAGGAGCUGCGCCGAGCGAACGCCAUCCGCUCGCAGCUCGACACCUACAAGAGACAGGCUCAUGAGAUGAGCGCCAAACACUCGGCCGAGGCCAUGAAAGCUGAGAAAUGGCAGUUUGAGUACAAGAACCUCAAUGACAAAUACGAGACGCUUCUGAAGGAGAGAGAGAAGCUGAUAGGUGAGCGAGACGCGCUGAGAGAGACGACUGAAGAGCUGAGAUGUGCGCAGGUCCAGCAGCAGUGCUUAACAGAUUCUCUGAGCGCUGAGUCAGGAGCCGUCGGCAGCCUGGCGGCAGAGAUCAUGCCUACAGAGCUCAGGGACACGGUUGUGCGUCUGCAGCAGGAGAAUAAGACGCUGUGUGUUCAGGAGGAGUCGUACAGACACAGACAGGAGGAGCUUCAGACGCAGCUGGAGGAUUCACAGCGCAGCCAGAACACACUCGAGACGCAGAACCGGUUGAGUCAGCAGCAGAUCUCAGAGCUGAGCGCUCUGGUGGAGGAACUGCAGAGAGCUUUACAGGAGCAGGACAGCAAGACCGAGGACGUCACUGCUGUCACAAUACUAAGUGAUACACUCUGUGUGUGUGUGUGUGUGUGUUUGUGUGUGUGUGUGUCAGUGGCGAAGAAGAUCGACGAGCUGCAGGAGAUCCUGAAGAAGAAGGAUGAAGACAUGAGACGGAUGGAGGACAGAUACAAGAGAUACGUGGAGAAAGCUCGCACCGUCAUAAAGACUCUGGACCCCAAGCAGAAGUCCAGCGCGGUUCCUGCUGAAGUCCAGGUGCUGAAGAACCAGCUGACGGAGAAGGACAGGAAGAUACAGCACCUGGAGCAUGAUUUCGAGAGGACGCGCUCCAGACACGACCAGGAGGAGAAGCUCAUCAUCUCAGCCUGGUACAACAUGGGAAUGGCUCUUCAUCAGAAGGUGGCCGGAGAGAGAUCGGGACCCGGUUCUGCUCCGGCUCAGUCCUUCCUGGCCCAGCAGAGACAGUGGACACAAGCCCGCAGAGGCCUGUCCCGCCUGCAGCCCAGAUAGACCCACUCACACCGCUGAUCCUGGACGAACGCUUCUGGAUCUGUCUGUCACCGGCCUGCUGAGAGCCGAGAGAGGAUGUCUUUUAUCAAUGUGUUUUAGAUGAAGCUUUGUGUUAUUUUUAGUUGAUCUGAGCGUCAGUGUGUAGUCGAGUUUUAGUUUAGUGUUAAUUAGCGCCAGAAACCACUGCGUUUAAUGAAGUAGCUUCUUUUAAUGUCUUUUUACUGUAGUUUUGGGUGUUGAUCAGGGUUACGGUGCAUGUGAACGCACUUUACACACCCGGUGCCUUCUGCCAUCCGUCAAUCAUCUGCUGCACAGAAACCAAACGCUGAAUGCUGGAAGCCUUUAAUGCCACGAACAAAUGAAGUGCUUUUAUAAUGAUUUUUUUCCAGAGAGCUGCUGUGUUUUAAUGACACUAAUCAUGGAAGUUUCCACCGGUUGCUGCUUGACGGUUUUUUGUUUUUGUUUUGUUUUGAUGUAACGUCACCAAAGUCUGUCACUGGUAUUUAUUGAGGCGGAAACACUACUGACUGUGAACACCGUGUUCUGGCCCUCGUCAGUCCGGACGCUGAGCUUCUUUCGUUUGUUCGUUUGUUUGUUCUUCACUCUCUGAGAGUUUCGUCACAGUGCUGAUGUUCAUGAGUUGUUCGUGUGUUUCUCACGGUGUUUUUUUUCAUCGUUCGCUCUGGACUGAUGGGGUCGGUACGGAAAUGAAUCACUUUAGUCUCACUGUUCUUCUCUUUGCACUACAAUAAAAGAGGUUAUUGGUAC